AUGGAGGAUGACCGUGCGAUUCGUUACCUUCUUACGCGCCAAUGGUAUCGAGCUUAUACGCAUCGUUGGUUGCUUUCUGUUGAACCUCCGAAUGAGUGUCACAAUUAUCUGUUAACUCCAAAUGAUUCUAACAGAUGUCGAUACCUUUCGACUGGGUUGAUUGAGUCUGAUGUUUUUGGCCAAUUCGCGAAGACAUUGGUGUUUGGUGAUGUUCCACGUUAUUUCACAUGGAACAAAUCCAGUAAAAAAUGGGAGCCACGGAAACAAGGAAAACCACAUCCUUCUAUUACAGGCAUAUUCAAAGCUAAGACAUUGGGGAGACUUUACACGGUACAUCCAAAGCAACUUAAUGGUCGAGUAUUCAAUACAUACCAGGAUGCAUGUCGUGAACUGCAAUUGCUAGAAGACGAUAACCAUUGGGACUUAACGCUUGCUGAUGCUGCGUUGACAUCAACACCGAAUAACAUUCGUCAGUUGUUUGCAAUUAUUUUGACGACAUGUUAUCCCUCGCAAGCACAAACUUUGUGGGAAAAAUAUAAAAAUUGUAUGACAGAAGACAUCUUGCACCGAAUUAGACAAACAAAUCAAUGCCAAAACAUAGAUUAUACACCAGAGAUGUACAAUGAAGCAUUGGUCUUGAUCGAGGAUUUAUGUGUUCUUAUUUCAAAUUUACCACUUAAUCAUUAUGGUAUGCCAUCACCUAAUCGUCCAGCCACCGACUUAGUCAAUACCGAUUUACAACGAGAAAAUCAAUAUGACCAUGGAAGUUUAGCAACAAUUAUCAUGAUCAUAGUAGCAUCGUCAGGCAUUGCGGCUGCUUUACUGGAUGGUGGGCGAACAGCACAUUCAACAUUCAAGCUGCCAUUGGACGUUCAUAAUAAACCAGAUGCAAUGUGUAAAAUCAAAAAGAAUAGUGGAAUAGCUGCAGUGUUGCGGAAGAGUUCUAUAAUAAUUUGGGAUGAGUGCACAAUGACACACAAAUAUUCACUUGAAGCAUUAAACAGAACUAUGCAAGAUUUAAACAGCAAUAAUAAACUUUUCGGUGGUGCUAUCUUACUUUUGUCUGGUGACUUCCGGCAGACCUUACCGGUUAUACCUCGCUCUACUUUCGCGGAUGAGGUUAAUGCAUGUUUGAAACAAUCAUUCUUAUGGCGAAGUGUUGAAACACUUCGAUUGACCAUAAAUAUGCGAGUACAAUUGCAAAAUGAUCCAUCAGAACAAAUAUUUUCCGAACAACUACUAGAUACUGGGAACGGUAAAAUAGAACUGCAACCAAAUACGCAAUGCAUUAAACUACCAGACAAUUUUUGCACUGUUGUUCAGGAUAAAAAUUAA